AUGAGAAAUGUUGCCGGCAGACUUCAAGGAGGAGCGGAGCGCUCGAGGGCUUCUAAGCGUAAGAAGACGUCUAACAGAUCCUCAAAAGAAGAUAAUUUGACUUAUUCGGCCUCUGACAUAAAUACCGAGUUGUCUUCCGAGACUGCCGCGACUUCUGCGUCCUCUGUACUGCGCGAGAGGAUGCGCUUAAAUUUGCGAUCACGGUUUCAUCUCGUAUCGCAUUUUUUGCCGGUAAGAUCGACAUCCAAUGACUCCGAGGAAGCGAACUGUGCACAUGAGGCCACAGAUACCAUUGUGACCUUGUGCAGGGUUUUGAAUCAGCCUUAUGCAGUUGUGCUGACCUCGCUGGUUUACCUCCAGAUGUACAGGAACGCCAGCGAUCGCUGGCGUUCAUCUGCGCAACCGUUCGCAGCACCUCCCCCGAAAAUGGAACGCCACGAACAGUUUCUGAUUGCUGCAUCAUGCGUUUUACUCGCUUGGAAGUAUCGCGAGGACGAUGUGCGCGUGUCUAAAUCAAGUGGCAAGAUUUUUGAGUUUACAUCAGUGUUGUACAAGGUGUACGUUGCACAGAGCAAAAAUAGCUCGGCACCGCCUUCUGUAUCUCGCUGGAUGUUACAGGAUGAGGGCAAAGAAAUCUUGAAGCUGAAGUCGCAGUUAAUAGAACACGAAAACCAUUUACUUCACGCUCUAGAUUACCACGUGGGCCCCGUGCCGCUUCCUCACAAGUUGAUUCCGUCCUACGUACGGAAGUUCCUUAUCGCAAUUGCUAAUGACUUGUCUGAUUUGCAAGACUUGGCUCUAAAGAUGGAUAAUCUAGUCGGCCUUUUGGUGCUAGAUUGCUACAAAACGCGGAUUUGUUUGGACUACACCCCUGGGGAAAUUUUGGUGUCGUGUAUCUUCAAAUCGGUCAGCUUGCUAACGGUUGCGGGGGCGUACCCGCGCGUGUUAUCACCGCAAUUGGGACCGGAAGGGUACAUCGGCCACAUUCAGGAGGUGGAGGCCCGCCUAAACACGUUCAUAUCCGCGCUGGGGAAAUCGGAGAUAACUGCCGACCGUAUUGCACAGUGUCUGUGUGACAUGCGGCGAUACAUACGCCCUUCUAGGCAGGGCGACGUUACGUGUACUGAGGGGAACAUAGGGGAACGAGAAAUUAAGCCUAGGUAA